ACAAUCGGACUAUCCCGUCCUUGCUUUUCACGAACUGUUUUCUUCCUUCUUGAGUUUCCACCUUUAUUUACAAAAUGAAAGCAACAUGACAGCGUAGAAAGAGUUUCAGUGUUUUAAGAGUUUUAGUGCACUACUAAUGAACUGAGGUCAACAUCCGAGACAAGAUGUCCGUUUCAGCUCAUACUAGCACAGUCAACUUGAAGGCUCAUCAAAACAAGGUCAACCCAAGCAAUAUCGUCAAGAAAGAGAAAGUGACAAAUGUCAAGAAACAACGGAAGCGCAGAGUGUCUGUUGGGAGUUCAGUCAACUUGGGUGGUGACAGACAUUCUUCCUCAUGGAUUCGUCAAAACAACAUCGAGAUGCGAGAAUGCAUCCGUUACACAAAAGCACCUUUCAACAAAAGGAACCCAGACCUGAUACCAGAAGAUCCCAUAUGCCAGUGCGGUAAACGGAUGUCAAAACACGAUGAGCGUUACCUCAAGAAUCCUGAUCCAAACAGUAAGUGGCGAGUAGAGACGCAUACCCAUGCUAGCGCCACCAACGCCUUUGGAGAGAUAGAGUUCAUAGGAGCUGCUGGUGCUGGUCCUAGCACAAAAUUCCGAAAGUAUGUACGAGUGGACCAUUCCAUUCAUCCUCGUACGUUAAUGGAUCUGAUGAAUGAACACUGGAAUCUUGGCAUCCCUAAACUUCUCAUCUCUGUGACGGGUGGUGCAAGGAACUUCGCUAUGAGUAACAAACUGAAGAACGUCUUUAGAAAGGGAUUGAUGAAGGCUGCGUUGAGCACAGGUGCGUGGAUCAUAACUGGAGGAACUUAUGCAGGGGUCAUGAAGUACGUAGGUGAAGCUGUGAGGGAUUAUUCCCUGCUAGGAGGGGGAACUCAAGGGAGUGUUGUAGCCAUUGGAUUUGCAUCCUGGGGAGCCAUUGACCAACGGGAUGGACUCAUUGAUGAAAAGGGACGUUACCCUGCCGACUAUCGUAUGGACACCAAGCACCCCAAGGGAGUGCUGCUAGAUCCCAACCACACCCAUUUCAUCCUGGCGGACAACGGCACAGAGGGACAGUUUGGGGUGGAGAUUAAACUACGAGGCAAGAUGGAGAAAGAAAUCUCAGAUCAGAAAAUGUCUGGUGUUGCAAAUGUCUCUGUUCCUGUGGUGUGUGUCGUCGUGGAAGGAGGACCAAACACCAUAGCCACUGUGUAUGAAGCUCUCAUGAACGGCACCCCGGCUGUUAUAGUAGCUGGAUCAGGAAGAGCCGCUGAUAUCCUGGCAUUUGCAUUCCAGAGGGCGCCGGUUGUUGAACGCAAAAGGAAGGAUAGCGCAGGGAAUACCCGUAAAGAAAAACGAACGGUAAUAAGUGACUCUCUGUCAGUCCGUCUUGCGGCCAUGCUCUCUAAGGAGUUUGGUGAUGCUGAGCUAGACACUCAUCUGACCCGCAUCAAGGAGAUGUUGAACAGAAGACACUUGAUCACCGUCUACGAGCUCGGAGCUGGCUCGGACAAAGCUGACAUUGACAGUGCUAUCUUGCAUUCUCUAUUAAAAGCCAAUAAAGGUCACGUACAGGACCAGCUACAACUUGCACUGAUCUGGAAUCGUGUUGAUGUCGCAAAGAGGGAAAUCUUUAUUGAAGACAGAGACUGGAAGAAAGGAGAGCUGGAUGCUGCUUUGCACUAUGCCUUGUCCAAUAACCAAGUAGACUUUGUCAAGUUAUUCAUGGAGAACGGAGUCAGCCUUAAGGAUUACUUAACAGUCAGGGAGCUUACUCUUCUUUACAACGAGAUUAAACCCAACACUCUGAUUUAUGAGCUCCUUGACAAAGUCAGAGGAAAGUUUACACGGAAGUUCACACUCAUCGACGUUGGCAAAGUGAUUGAAGAGUUGACAAUGGACACCUAUGAGCCCCUCUACAUCCGUAACGCGACCAAGUAUUUCCUGACUGAAGAAGAGAUACUUGGAGAAGGUACCAUCGCCGGCGAGGAGGCAUUUGAAACCGGAGCAACGAAGAAUGGCGUGGUCACCAAACGACAGGGCAAAAAGACUCAAACUGGGCGCAAGGAUUUUGGUCACAGCUUCAGUGACCGAUUUGUCAACCCUGUUCGUGAGCUCUUCGUGCUGUCUGUACUGCAGAAUCGUUCCGAGAUGGCGCACAUGUUUUGGGAGGAGAGCAGUGACGCAAUGGCAGCUGCUCUAUGUGCCGGGAUGUUUCUUAAGACAUUGGCAAGCAAGGAAGAUGAUGUUGAUCAGAGUACUGCAAUGAGAAAGCAUGCUGAAGAGUAUGAGGAGCUAGCCAUAGGUGUACUGAAUGAAUGCUACAAUGAUGACCCUGAGCGGACCUCGGUCGUUUUGGUCAGAGAACAAGAAGAAUGGGGCAACGUCACCAAUCUGGCAACGGCCAAACACGCUGAAAACAGGAACUUUAUUGCCCACUCUGGAGUGCAGAAUCUACUGACGGAGAUCUGGAAUGGCAAGCUGUCUGAUGAGAACAAUUACUGGCUGCUGUGGCUGUGCAUGCUAUGUCCGCCGAUCAUCCCCUUAACUGUCAUCUUCCGAGAAGACGAAUCUGAAGAAGUAGAAGCACCUAUGUAUAUGCCAAGACAAAGUGAACAAGUGAUUUUGCCGUUUCAUCUAGAGGGCAACAAACUGGAUAACGGCAUGCAGGUGGUCCAUGUUACUAACGACGAGCCAGAGAGCAUAACAAUGAGGGAUGUUAGUCCAGGGGUUGGCUCCUCAUCAAGUAGAACACGACUUUGUGACGGGGAUGACGAUGCAGAAAUUGGUGCCCAUUACGAAGAGACAGCCGAUAUUGAUAUUAUUGACAGCGGCAAGGAACUAGUCUGGUGGCAACGAUUCACACUGUUCUAUGACUCUCCUCUUAUUACCUUCAGACAUAACGUGGCGUCGUUCUUUUGUUUCCUAGUUCUGUUCAGUUACAUUAUAAUGAUGCGGUUCACCAUGGAAGUGACUAAUUAUGAGAUUGCUUUGUACGUUUGGGUCAUAUCGCUCUUUCUGGAAGAGCUGAGACAGGUCGCCCAGGGUGAGUCAAACAGCUGGCGGAUCCGGUUCAUGUAUUGGAUCUCAGAGUAUUGGAACAUAGUGGAUCUAUCCACCCUGGUGGUAUUUAGCAUCGGAGUAUCCCUACGCUUCAAUCAAGAAACCUUGGACGCUGCCCGGAUCAUCCUGGCCAUUGACUUGGUCAUCUUCUACGUUCGAGUCCUCCAGAUUUUUUCCAUCCAUAAGAAUCUUGGACCAAAGCUGAUCAUGAUCCAACGAAUGAUGAUUGACUUGUCCUUCUUCCUGUGCAUCCUGUUUGUGUUUAUGUUGGCGUACGGCAUUGCCUCUCAAGCAAUCCUCAACCCUAACAGCACAUCAUUUGGGGAUAUCUUCUUUGGGGUUGUCUACAAGUCUUACUUUCAAAUCUUCGGCGAACUGUUUUUGGAAGAUAUUGCAGGCACAGUCGGCUGCUAUGGUGCUAAUGCAACAGAAGCUGCAGCUAUGGGAACAAUCCCUUGCGUUGGGACAUCCACUGUUGGAGUCAUUUUAUUAGCAGUGCACAUGAUGAUGAGCAAUGUCCUGCUACUCAAUCUACUCAUUGCUAUGUUCAGCUAUACCUUCUCGGCAAUUCAAGAGAACACUGACGUCUACUGGCGGUUCCAACGCUACGAUCUCGUCCAGGAAUAUUUCACUCGGCCGCCCUUUGUCCCUCCAUUCAUAAUCAUCUCUCAUGUGUUCUUGGUGGGGCGCUUCAUAAUACAAAAGACCUGUAAAGUCUGCCUGAGGUACCGAUCAGGAGAAAUGAAGCAAAGAAUUCCACAAAGUAAAGUGAAACAGAUCGUUUUGUGGGAGACGAUCCAAAGCGACGAGUACAUUGUCAAAGAAAAGCUGAGACUUUCUGAAGACAUGAGCGUCCAGGUCAAAUCAACCUCAGAGAGAGUUGAGGAUCUACUUGGGAAGAUGGAUGAACUCUUUGCCGAUCCUGAGACAGGGAUGCCGUCAAGAGCUUUAGGGUUACUUGGUGAGAAGGCCAUGGAGGAAAGAUUGAAUAGACUGGAGGACCAGAUGGAGCGAACCAAUCAAGCAAUGGAUUGGGUGAUUAUGGCUCUUCAAGGAAACCAGUUAGGAGUCAAAGCUAGUCCACCAGAGCUUAAGGAAAUCAGACCAAGACUAGCUGAAGAUAACUUUGAUGAUGAGCCUGAAGAGAGAAAAGUUCCCACGACUCUGGAAGAGCUGGGCAUUACACUGCACCAAAAGGCUCGUUCCAGUCCCUACCCAGGGACAGCAAUACGAAGGUUUCCUGUACCUGAUGAUAAAGUCCCAUGGGAGAAUAAUAACCACGGUUACAAGCCGAUCAGUUACACCCAUGACUGUGUUCUGGCCAUGCCACACUGGGCAGAUAAGGAUCUCCUGCAGUUCAACAAGAAUGAAAGACCUGUCUUGAACUUCAACACGUACGACAAGGACCUUAAGGUGGACCGUUGCAGCUUCUCAGGGCACUACAAAGUCAUGGAUGGUAUACCACAAAAUCCACGAGGUCGUACUGGAAUGAUCGGCCGUGGACUGCUGGGUCGGUUUGGACCCAACCACGCUGCAGAUCCAAUCGUCACAAGAUGGAGAAAGACGUCCGAUGGAAGGAAAAUGGAAGACAAUGGAUUGAUGGUUUUGGAGUACAUCGCUAUUCAGAGGAAGGAUAAUCAACAGUGGGCCAUACCAGGGGGUAUGGUUGAACCAGGAGAUGUUGUUAGUGCCACACUCAAGAGAGAGUUCAGCGAAGAAGCUCUUGGAUCAAUGGAGAAAACACCAGAAGAGAUUGAGGCAAUAUUAAAGAAGAUUGACGAUCUAUUUAAACAUGGUGUGGAGAUCUACAAAGGGUACGUUGAUGAUCCCCGGAAUACGGACAAUGCGUGGAUGGAGACCGUGGCCAUGAACUUCCAUGAUGAAGGCGGAACCUCAGUUGGUGUACUAGAAUUAGAGGCUGGUGAUGACGCUCAGGGUGUUCGAUGGCAACGAGUCAGCUCUAAGAUUCCUCUAUUUGCGAGUCACCAAGCAAUGCUGAGGAAGGUUGCCCAGUUACACAAUGCUGCCUUCUAGAAGUCGCAUCAUUUUCUCCCUACCUUCCUAGUCCCCUCUGAUUGACACAAAAACAUCCCCACCCAUCUUCACACACCCAACCCCACCCAACCGCCACCCAACCGCCAC